AUCACUAUUUGGUGUCAAAUCUUUUUAAUCACAAAAGUGUUUGAAUUCAAUGUAAUUGCAGAAAUUAGCGUUUGUGACCUCGACGAUCAUAUUGAUAUCGUGAUAAUUGUGGAGCGGUGAAAAAAUGUGAAAGUUGAAAUUUAAUCAAUGUAUUAUUUUUAUUAUUGUAUAUUAAUGGCAGUGCAGAUGAAAUACUAGAUGGCUCAUUGUCACUUGCGUUAUGGUGAGCAUUUAUCAGCGUUCCCGGAAGUACCGAUCGUUAGGAACUUGAACAUCUCCUGCGGUCAGGAAGCGACCUUCAAUGCUGAAUCUAUCGUCAAUGUUCAACGCUGUGAAGUUUUGAACAAUCGUGGUGAAGAAUUUACUGUAUAUCCGGCAAAGAAUAUACCGGAGAAUCUAUACUAUAAUGGAAACCGUUUUAAACGAACUUGUACUACAAGUAUUAGGUAUGUUACUGUUGAAGAUGCUGGUUGGUGGAUUAUUAAAGUAUAUCCUGACAACACAACAGAUAUUUCAUCCGGUGAUUAUACUAUACUAAAGUAUGGUCUGCACGUGGAGCAGGAAACAAAUAUCAUCCCUUCGAAGAUGAUUCGCGUCUUUCCAGGAUACUCGGUGAGCGCUCGGGUCUCCGAGGGAUUCGUGAAUCUCACAUCCUGCAUCGUAACGGACCCGACGGGCGAAGAAAUUGACAUUCUUCGCGACGAAAGGGAGAACCCCAAACUUUACGGUCAAUGCGGAGUUCGAUUGACGAUAAACGAUAAUCACAAUGGUGAAUGGAAGAUCGUCGCAUGGCUCGGAAACUUUAUUUCCUACGUUGGCAGAUUUGACGUAUUAGUACAGAAAGAAAAUCUCAUCUCUGUCGAGAAGAACAUUACACUAUAUCUUCAAAAUGGUAUUGCUAGUACGAUAACAGUGGGACCGAGUGAUGCUACUUUUUCUCAAUUUGAAAAACCAAACGGUCAAUUAUUACCUAUUAAAUCCAGUCCUUGUCGUUACGAUAUACCAAUCGUUCGAUACAAUCACAUGGGCAUUUGGAUCUGUCGAUAUGCUGUUCAAGGAAAAGUAAAUCUUACUGAAUCUAAAGUAAAUGUUAUCACGUACGAGGAUCGCGCCCUAAAUGUCAGCGUCACAACAGGGGACAAUGGUGAAAUUAAUUUAUUAUGUAAAAUUCGUUCUAAUUCUGUCCGAUUUUGCCGAUUUACACGACCGGAUGGCACAUCGUUCCAUAUGUCACCUGGUGUCGGAAAUGACAGAUAUAUGUAUUAUGGAGAAGGAUUUCAAUCGUCACGUAUGUUUGUGGAAAAUAUUCACGAUUGUGGAUUAAGUAUAACCCAACCGAACUACGAAGAUUAUGGUGCGUGGACAUGUACGGCUGAAAAUGGUAAUGGCAAUAUUGUAGGUUCUAUUAUUCGGGUACAUGACGGAAUGAAUAAGAAUACAAUCAAAGUACAACCAGCGAAAAGUGAAGUAUACGUUAAACGUGGAGAUUCUUUUGUCAUUAAAUGCAGCGUCGACUCUGUGCUGAGUUAUUGCUGGCUUCGCAGUCCCAACGGAACAGCUUAUGCCAUAUCUGAAAGCGGAAGUGGCCCCUCGUUUCUUCGUUAUACGGGUUCAGGUCUCGCUCUUGGAGAAUGCGGUGCAGUUAUUGAAGUUGCUGAAGAUUCACAUUCCGGGGAAUGGAGCUGCCGCAUGGGACUUGUCAGUGAAGCAGAACUGCACGCAAAGGUUACAGUUACGGUUACAAAAAGUUUGAUCAUUGCGGAUUGGUCAAAAACAAAAGUUGAUCAUACCGGAAUAUGGUUAACAUGUCGCACACUUCCGGGUCACGAGAGCAGUAUUGAUUUCUGUCGAUGGAUUCGUCCUGAUGGCUACGGAAUAUUCAAUAACAUUGAGCCACGUUAUUACGUGGAACAAACAGCUACAAGUUGCAGCAUAUAUACGAAAGCUACGUUCGAAGAGGAUAUUGGUCAAUGGACAUGCGUAGCUAGUCUCACUGAAGUGAAUCCAAAAGAAGUCUGGACACACAUCAACGUUCGUUACGAAUAUACGCUAGUGUAUAAAAACGUGACAAUGCUCAUAAUCGCUCUAGCUUUUCUCAUGGUUAUCAGUCUUUUUGUUUUCAUUGUUAUAAUGUGCAUUAAGAGAGCACCAUCGACUCUCUCAAAAAAAUUAGAAAAACAGAGAGAUACUACUGAUCCAACAAACCAUUCGUUUUCUACGGAAUGGCCAAAUAAGUUUGAUCAAUAUAAUUCGCAGAAUUGAACAAUGUUUUCGCAAAAAAAUGAAUUCGACAAAUAUAAGAAAUAAGAUGAUUUCAUUUAACGGUCAAAUCGAUUGAAAACCACUUAAAUUAAAUUCGUAUAAAUAUUCCAAUGCAAAUUUCGCAAUGUUUAACACAAACUUAAUCAAUCAGUAGUUCGAUAACUUUAUACAUUGUAAUUUUUCUCUAUAAUACCUAAAACACAUAAGUAUACGAUAUUAUACAAUUACCCUAGAAUAAUUAUAACAUAUCGAAAAUAAAAUUUAUUUAUACAAUUUAA